GUUACAGAGUAGAGGAGGACGAGGAUGCAGUGGGAAGGAGAUGCUGCAGAGAAGAGGCUGAAAACACGCCGGAGGACAGAGUGUGAGAUCCAGGACUCAAGAUGUAGGAGCUGCAUCGUCGUCAUCAUCAGAGAGACACUCAGCCGCGGUGGUGGGGGGGGGGUGGGGAUCGCACCGUAACAUCAGGGAGGACUUUGUGUGUUUAUAGGAUACAGUGAAGGUGGAGAGGUGAAACCCUGAGAAGUCCCCCCCUUCCCUCCACCUCUACGGGAGGAUGAAGAACUAGCCCCCCCGUGUUCAGUGUCGCUGUGAGGAUCAGAUGUUGUCCACGGCUCAGCAGAUGCUGCAGGAGAGCCGCUCAAAGAUCGAGCUGAUCCGCCUGCAGAUCAUCAGAGUCACCCAGGCGGGCGGGGGGGGCGGUGGAGGAAGCCCCGACACCCAUGGAGACGCUCCUCUGGACGCUCGCCUGAUGGAGCUGCAGCGCUUGGUGCGGAGGGAGGAGGACGCCUUGUCUCUGGCCCGGGACGUGGUGAAGCAGCUGGAGGGGAUCUCCUCUCUGGACCAGAAGGCCCUGGCCGAGGCUCAGUCCCGGGUGCACGAGUCCUCCCAGAAGCUGGAUCUUCUGCGGCUGUCUCUGGAGAGAUGCACCGAGGAGAAGAACCAGGGGCCCGAGGAGGGACCCGGGCGUCCCCUGUCCAGCUCGACGUCCACCGGGUCGCUCAAACCCGCCUACAUGACCGGAAGACUUGAAGUCCGACUUCUUGGAUGUGAAGAUUUACUGAAACCUUUGACCAGCUGGGAGCAGGAAAGCCCCCCGAGUCCCUCUGAGGAGAGUCCAGCAGCCCCCCGGGCCGAGGGACACUCCGAGGAGGUGGGUGCGGUGCUCCGGCUGGACGGCCGGGUGGUCGGUCGGACGCGCUGGGCUGCCGUCAGCAGGCUGACCUGGGAUCAGACCUUCUGCAUCCAGCUGGAGCGGGCUCGGGAGCUGGAGGUCGCGCUGUUCUGGCGGCAUCGGGGGGCCAUGUGCGCGGUGAGGUCCCUGCGGCUGGAGGAGAUGACGGACCACCUGGGCCCCAGCCGGGGGAUCAGGCUGGAGCCCCAGGGCCUCGUCUACGCGGAGCUUCGAUUCGUCGACGCCGUCGUAGAAAGGCAGCCGAAACUGAGACGUCAGCGAUGCAUCUUCACCAAGGAGAAAGGGAAGAACUUCCUCCGAGCGGCCCAGAUGAACAUGAACUUUGCCACGUGGGGCCACCUGAUGAUGAGCGUCCUUCCUCGCUACGGCUCCUUCACCACCUUCAGCUCCUCCCUCUACGCCACCCCCGACCCGUCGGCCGACCACGAACAACGUCCCGCGGAGGCGGAGCCUGAACGCACCGCCCCAGUUCAAAGCAGCGGAGCUCCAGAGACCCCAGUCGGGUUCCCUGAGGAUCGCCCACCUCCUGAGGAGGACGACGCCCUCGACCUCCCCGCAACGCGCCAAACAUCGCCAACGUCCACCGCGCCCCAAAUACUGUCGCCCAUAAACGACACAGAAGGAAGUGAAGACCCGCCUGCAUCUGCUCUAAAGAUGCAGAAGGAAGAUUUCAAAUACAUCUCUGUGCUGGGCAGAGGCCACUUUGGGAAGGUGCUGCUGGCCGAGUUCAAGAAGACAGAAAAACUUUACGCCAUCAAAGCCUUGAAGAAGAGAGACAUCGUGACCCGCGAUGAGGUGGACAGCCUGAUGAGCGAGAAGAGGAUCUUCGAGAUGAUCAACGCGUCCAGACACCCGUUCCUGGUGAGCCUGCACGGCUGCUUCCAGACCAGCGACCACGUCUGCUUCGUCAUGGAGUACCUGCCCGGAGGAGACCUCAUGAUCCACAUCCACAACCACGUCUUCAGCGAGGCCCAGACCCGGUUCUACUCGGCGUGUGUCCUGCUGGGUUUAGAGUUCCUCCACCUGAAUAAAAUCAUCUAUCGAGACCUGAAGCUGGACAACCUGCUGAUGGAUGCAGACGGAUUCAUAAAGAUCACAGACUUUGGGCUUUGUAAAGAAGGGAUGGGUCACGGAGACCGGACCUCCACCUUCUGCGGCACUCCAGAGUUUCUGGCUCCCGAGGUCCUGACGGACGACGACUACACCCGAGCGGUGGACUGGUGGGGGAUGGGGGUCCUCAUCUUUGAGAUGCUGAUAGGAGAGUCUCCGUUCCCCGGCGAGGACGAGGAGGAGGUGUUCGACAGCAUCGUCAACGACGACGUGCAGUAUCCCGGCUCUCUCCCCCCCGACGUCGUCUGCAUCAUCCAGAAACUGUUUAAGAAGAAUCCUCUGAAGAGACUCGGAGCCGGAGAGAGAGACGCCGCCGAGCUCAAAGGGGAGAAAUUCUUUGAGAGCAUCGACUGGGAGGCGCUGCUGGCCAAGAAGGUGACUCCGCCCUUCCUGCCGUCCAUCAAGGAGUCUGUGGACGUCGGCAACUUCGACAGCGAGUUCACGCGCCUGCAGCCCGUCAUGACGCCGCCCGCCAAGCCCUUCGUCCUCUCCGCCGAGCAGCAGGGGGCCUUCGCCGACUUUGACUUCUGCGCCGUGCACGGCUGAAGGGGUUUGGGGGGGGGGGGGGGGGGACCAGAGCGGGAAGAGAGGUUUCGUUUUGGAGAACCAUAUUUCAAGUAUCCUUUAAUCAGUUUAUUUAAUUCACAACAUUUACAAGUUUGGUAUGUUGACGUAUUAAUUAAUCAAUCGGCAUCUAAUCGCCGACCAAUUAAAGUCCCAGAUCAAGAACCUAAUUGCAACCAGGAGUGUGACACAUUUAAACUUCUUUUGAACGUCACUCUAUUAUAACUUUUGGAGUCUAUAGACUAAACGAAGGUUCUGAGUGUCAUUAAUCGUCCUGUGCAGAGAGUUAGAUGAGAAGUGAUGCCGGUAAACACAAGGCUACUGGUUAGCUUAGCCAGUUAGCUAGCCCCCGCUAGCGGUUUCCCCCAUUUCCAGACUUUAUGCUAAGCUAAGCUAGUGGACUGCCGACGGUAGGUCCAUGUGUGAACAGACAAAGGAGAUGCAACAUUAUCUCCUCACAAAGUCCCACUUUGUCAACGUAUUCCAUUAAAAACUAGAGCAGAACUAAAGCUGUGAGAACGCCGUGAAUUCUAAAACUCAAACUCCGAGCCUCACGAGGACUCAUUUCUUCACAGCUGGUCUUGAAAGCAUCACUUUGAGUACUUCCUGUUGGAUCAGCGCUCUGCAGACGAUGCGUGAAUGGUCCCACCGGUCAGCAGCCGAUCGGCGAACAACCAAACCAGGCGGCGUCCCGAGCAGAAGGGAUGUGCUCUCUGGGGAGAAUGUAAUCAUGAGCUCUGGUCAGCGAGCUAAAGUCACUGACCGAUUAUCUACUGGAUGGACUUUUAAAGUUAAAAACAUAGUAAAACACGUGUUGAAUGGACUUGUUCGAGCAGCCUGAGUGCCGCGGACGUUCAGCUUGCUUCGUGGCCUUUUGCUCAUUCUACACUUGUUUUAGGAUACGUGUCCUUAGGUACCGUUUGUGCUGCCGCCUCUAUGCAUCACUGUGACAGGCUCCGCCCACUGCCUUGACCACACCAAGCUAACGAGAAGCUAACCCGCUUCAUGGGGACGAGCCUUGAUUCUUAAAGUCUGAUGUGAUCAGUCGACACUCGGCCAGCUGCUCUCUGUGGACAUGCAUGAGAUACAUACAUAUAUAUAUAUAUAUACAAAAAGAGAAGCCAUAGAAAAUCUAGCAUAGCCAUAAUAGAGACAAAUAGCUGUAUUUUGUAUUUAGCAAAUCAUAUUCUGUUAUACUAAAGCUUUAUGAUGUCAACACAAGAAGAAGAGGAAGAUGAUCAAGUAUUUCCUUCCAUUACGUUUUAAACUCAUAAUGGAAGGAGCAUGGAGAGCACUUUAACAGAGCAACUUAACACCAAAUCCACCUUGUAGAGUCAUUUAAUCAUUCUAUUAAUCACCCCAGUCCACGGUUUAUUGUUCACAGCAGUUCAUUUUUUUAAGAGAAAUAUUGAGUAGAUCUAAAAGAAAUCUGUAACAUCUUCUUGUAUAUACCCCGCCCACAAACUACAAUGUCACGCCCCCAAUGUACAAUACAACGCCCCCAAAGUACAAUGCAACGCCCCCAAAGUGCACUGCAACGCCCCCAAAGUGCAAUGCAACGCCCCCAAAGUGCAAUGCAGCGCUUCCAAGUGUUUACAACCUCCUGACCGACUGCCAAGGACUCUGGAGUCUGAGGUGAGAUCCCACAGUGGCUGAGGCGCUCUGAUCUGAGUGUGUGUGUUUUUGGUUUGGAUUCGUUGUAAAGUCAUUUUCGCAUAGACUUCUAUGGGACCAGAGGAGUCGCCCCCUGCUGGUCACUACACAGAAUGCAGCUUUACCACAUGGCGCUUCAUGAGGUCCUCGUCUGAUCAAGAGCUCUGAUUUGAGUUUUUUCAAGGUGUGUCUUGGUGUUAAACUGCUCUUUAAAGAAAUAGGCUGAAGGUAAAAGGUUAAAAAGUGAGCAUUGUAUUGUGCUGAAGUGUCCCUGAGCAAGGCACUGAACCCUCCACCUGUGUGGGUGGAGGCUUUAUGAAUAAAAGGGGCAGUGGGGAUUU